AUGCAGACAGACACAUGGUCGUUCAGACCGACAAAUCUUCCCGCUAAGUCCUGGUUGGAAAGGCGUAGGCAUCGGGCACAGGUCGCGGAUGUCUUCCAGAGAGGUAAGCUUCGCCGUCGGAAGGAGAGUGUUGCUAGAGCCGAGCGGCAGAAGGCGCUCGAGCAACUCACUGAGGUAGCUCGCUCUCGGGACCAAAGGUCUUAG